AGGAAAUAAACCAAAAUAUCUAGUUAACGAGGACUUAAGGGCGCAAGUUCAAUUAUUCAUUAUUCAAUAUAAUAUUAAGAAGUAUUAUGAGACAUCGAAAAGCAACAGCACUAAAAGGUGAUUGGGAUCCCAAUAAUAUUUUCCAAGCAGUUGAAAAUGUUUUAAAUAAAACUCUAUCUGAAAGAAAAGCUGUUGAGAUAUUUGGAGUCAAACGUUCAACUCUUAAGAGGCGAAUAAAAGAAGCUCGACUAUCUCAAAAUGGAUUGAAUAAAUUGCAAUGUGUUCCAUAUAGUAACAGUUCUAUGAAAAUUUUUUCAGUAACAGAAGAACAAGAGCUGGUUCAAUAUUGUUUAGUUUCUGCAAAAAUGGGAUAUGGGUUAAGUCCUAUUAAGCUAAGAGCACUAACAUUUGAAUAUGCUCUCAAACUUGAGAAGAAGUGUCCACAUUCUCGUCGAGGUUCUGCUAAACCUUGGGAAACAAAUAAACAUGCAGGUGUAGAUUGGUUUAGAGCUUUUUUAAGUCGUCAUCCAGAACUUGUUAUAAGAAAAACAGAGGCAACAUCAAUUGGUCGAAUGUCAGCAUUCAACAAGUAUAAUGUAAAUCUAUUUUAUAAUAAUCUGCAAAGUCUUUUGAUUAAAUACAAGUUUUCACCAAAUGAUAUAUGGAAUGUUGAUGAGACUGGUGCUACUACUGUACAAGUGCCAGAGCAUGUUUUAGCCAAGAGAGGAGAGAGGCAAGUUGCUUCUGUUACAAGUGCAGAACGAGGUAUCUUGGUAACAAUGUGCAAUGCAGUAAAUGCAAGUGGAUCCUCAAUAACACCAUUCUACAUAUUUCCACGUGUUCAUUUUAAAGAUUUUUUUCUGCGAAAUUCAAUUCCUGGUUCUGUUGGCACUGCCAACAAAUCUGGGUGGAUGGUGGAAUCAACCUUUAUGGAGUGGUUUAAUCAUUUUAUAAAAAGUGUUCGACCAUCUAAGACAAACCCUGUGCUGUUGAUACUAGAUAAUCAUGAGUCUCAUAUGUCAAUUAACUUCAUUGACUUAGCAUCAGAUAAUGGUGUAAUUGUUUUAACAAUCCCACCCCAUACAUUACACAAACUACAACCGUUAGAUAUAACAGUGUAUGGACCUUUCAAACGUCAUUAUAAUCGUGAAAUUGAUAGCUGGUUGGUAUCACAUCCAGGAAAAACUGUUUCAAUCUAUGACAUUGCAGAAAUUUCUGGAUAGGCUUGGG